AUGAGUAUCAAAGCACGAAUCGCCACCUUGGCGCAAGAUAUUGACACGAUCAAUAAAGAUGUCGCUCAGCAUGAUGCCUCUCGAAAGCAGCUCCUUGAUGUUCUCCAAUGUGCGACGGCCAAGGUCGAGGCGCCUGUUGAAACGAUUUGGAGGAUGAUCAUGUCUCCCCAUGGCCCAGCCGCUCUCAUGGUCCUGAUCCGCUGCGGUGUGGUGACGGACCUGGUCGCAAGCGGCAAGCCCAAGACGAGCAAGGAACUUGCCGAGAGCACCGGCGCGUCGGAAAAGCUCAUCGUGCGUAUGAUGCGACCGCUGACAUCCAUGGGCGUCUUCCACGAGGCAGCCGAGUACACCUACGCCGCCACGCCGAUCUCCCAGGCCCUCGUCACGCCGGCCCUCAUCGGAGGCUACCAGUUCAUGUUUGACUAUGCCACCCGCUCGCUGGCCAACAUGCCACGAUACCUCGAGAAGACAGGUUUCAAGGACGUCGACGGGGCGCCGGGCCCUUUCCAGGACUGCAACAACACCGAUGAUCUGAUGUUCCCGCAUCUAAUAAAGAACUCAGACAUGAUGACGCACUUCAACCACUUCAUGUCGGGCUCCCUGGCCAUGCGUGCCGACUGGUUCCGGAAGUUCGAUGCGGAGAGCAUCAUCCUAGCCGGCGCCGAGAGGAACAACCCCGAAGCCACGCUGCUAGUCGACGUGGCCGGGGGCGAGGGCCACGACGUCGAGGCAUUCUCCAAUGCGUUCCCCGACGCGCCGGGGAAGCUCGUGCUGCAGGACCUGCCGCCCGUGAUCGCGAACAUCAAGCAGCUCGAUGACAGGGUAAUCCGCCAGGCGCACGACAUGUUUUCGGAACAGCCGGUACGGGGCGCGCGCGCUUACUACAUGCGCCAGAUCUACCACGACUGGCCCGACCACCAGUGCGUCCAGAUCAUGAGGCGCAUCGCCGAGGCCAUGGCCAGGGGCUACUCGAAGCUGCUCAUCUUCGAGUGGAUCCUGCCGGCCAGGGGCGUCCCGCUCUACCCGGCUUUGCUUGAUAUCAACAUGAUGUCUAUCUUGAACGGGCGCGAGAGGACCGAGGAGGACUGGGCAGCGCUGCUACAUGCUGCGGGGUUGAAGAUCGUCAAGAUCCAUCGCGUCAGCCCUCAGGAGGAGGGUCUUAUUGAGGCGGAACUUGCAUGA